AUGGGAAAACUUACGACGAAUCCGUCGCAUUCAACAACAUCGUCGUCAUCAGCAUCAUCAUCUUCUUUAUCGAAACAAGUGUAUCAACACAGAACUUUGGAGCAAAUUUCGAAUGAAUUGCUACAAGAAUGCAAAUCCUGUACCGACAAUUCGCGCCUCACCAAAGGGCUACGCGACCGCCUGGAGCGACUCCCGCGAAAAAUGCGAAAGGAAGUUGUGAAACGGAUGAGCGACGACUGCUCACCACUAUUCAUUGCCUGUCGCCGAGGAAAUGUGCACAUCACGGAGUAUUUGAUAACGGCGUGCGAAGCAGACAGCGAACAGAAAGGAAUGUACGAAGUUCCUGAAGAUCGCUCUGUCCACUGCGUAACUCCGCUCUGGUGUGCCUGCGUGUCCGGCAAGCUUCCGGUGGUGAAAUGUCUCGUCCGUCUUGGUUCCAACAUAAAUGCACUCUCCGACACCGGAUCAACGCCGUUGCGUAGUGCUUGCUUCAUGACCCACAUCGAUAUUGUUCAAUUUUUGGUGGAACACGGAGCGGACAUAAAAAAACCAAACUACAAUGGAGGUACGUGUUUGAUAAACUCCGUGCAGUCGGUAACGCUGUGCACGUAUCUAAUCACCAAGGGAGCGGACGUAAAUGCCCGUGACAUUCAGAAUAAAACAGCACUACAUUACGCUAUUCAGGAGCACCGUUUGGAAACGGCUCAAUUGUUGCUAGAGCACGGUGCCGAUCCAUUCGCUAAAUCGCACUAUGGCGAUGAUGCGCUUCAGACUGCCUGCCUCAAGGGAGCCUACCACAUAUUCGAUUAUUUGAAAAAGCGCAUCAACUACUCUGCUGAACGCCUGGCUGAUGCACACGAACUGUUCGGAUCAACACUUAUUGAUGAUCUGAACGUUACGCGUGGCGCAGUUCUCCACUGGCGGUUGGCGCACCAGAUUCGCUUGCGGGAAGCCGAGUAUAUACCUAAGAAACCCACUAUGGAGCCGAGAGCGGCUUACGGAUAUGCGUCCGAGUUUACCACAAUCCCUGAACUUGACAAUAUUGCAGCAGACAUGGACGCAAUGCGCGUGCAGAGUUUGCUCAUCUACGAACGUAUUCUCGGCAUUGACCACAGGGAUACGCUAUUUCGAUUAAUGUUCCGGGGAGCGUCAUAUGCCGAUGCACAUCGCUUUCAGCGUUGUAUUGAUCUGUGGCUGCUCGCACUACAGGUGCGGGUGCAAAAGUAUUCCAUCUUGUACUCGGAUACAUGCUUGACGGCACAGGCUCUCGUACGAUUGAUGUUGGAUCUGAUCGAUGGGUAUGAUGAAAUGCCUGUGGAACUAUACGAAGGAAGUGUACCGAGAUUCGAGGACGUGUACGCCGUUUUUAGCAUCCUGACCGCCAACAUAGCGGUAGCCCGGCAGCUCAUCACCAUCCGGCCAGUUCAUCGGAAGCAGCAGGAAAAUUUUGAUCGCGUGAUGAAAUGCCUUACGCACUUGAUGUAUCUAAUGCUAGCCACAGCCAAAACGGAUGCGGAUCGUAACGCAAUCUACAAAUCGGUGCACACGCUUGUCCACAGCAAAGUGAGCAGCGCCAUUACCAAUGACACUUUACUACAUCUAUCCGUGUCGCGUCUGAACGUGAUAAAGAGUGGCUAUUUCAGUGACGAUUCCACUUCACUCAGAAUCGUGUUUCCCAGCUUGAACGUGGCUAAGCUGCUGCUAGACUGUGGAGCGGAUGUGAAUGCAAAAAAUGAAUCCAAUUCGACACCACUGCUGGUUGCUGCUAUGCCUUACAACUAUGAUCGAGAUGUGAUUCAUACGCUACUUGAGUACGGCGCCCAUUUGGAUGAGCCAAAUCGGCAGGACGAUCGCCCGUUAAACUUAAUACGCAACAAUCCCAUCAACGACAUUCCGACAUUAAAUUAUCUGCCACUCAAGUGUCUCUGCUCGACAGUGAUCGUGCGGUUUGGCAUACCGUACCGCAACCAGAUACCAAGAACGCUUGAAGAGUUUGUCAAACGACACGAACCGUACUAA